AUGUUUUGUCUACGAAGCUGGUUACCUCUCCUAUUCAUCCCGACCAAUGCCUCCCCGCUUUUCAUUGUCUCCUUCGUCACUCUGACCUACAUUCUCCAUCGUCCAUGUAUCUACUGCUCAGCUCUUCUUCUAAUCCUCUUUAUCUCAUCCUGUCAUUGGUCCGAUCGCUGUUUCUUUGACCUUCGUGGUGACUGGUUUGCACCUCGCUACUCUUCCGACCCGAGCGCCUCUUUGGUCGUUCCCAAUGAGACAGUCGCCGGCUAUAUCUUGGAGACUGUGAAUACUACGACAAAGACCCUGGCGGGUGUAGUAGUCGACGAGGCGCAACGUCGUCUGGCGCUGAACGGGUCCUCGGCCGCCGCAGGAAUGGGCGGAUUGGGACAGGAGGAAUGGACUGGGGUCGGGCUGGAGUGGUUGCGCAGUUUGCUUGGACGACGGGAGUGGACGAUACCCUGUGUCGACGUCAAAGUCCGACUAUAG